UCAUUGCAUUGUUCGGCUGGCUUUGAAAUUAUUAAUCACCUUUUUAUAUCUUUUUUUCGCAUUAAAUUAAGAAAAAUCUUGUUAUAGCUUUUAAAAGGCAAUAUUUUUGUGAAAUAAAAUAAGAAAAACGAUAUAGCAUCCCAGCAUGAGUGACCCAAAGGAAGAAAUUAAUGAAAACGUAGAUGUUGCAGACAAUUUAGACGAUGAAAAUUACAAGCCCCCACCCGAAAAAACUUUGAAAGAUUUAUUGGAAGCCGAUAAGGAAGAUGAGAGUCUUAGAAAGUACAAGGAAGCGCUUUUAGGUGAAGUAGCCAAAGAAGAAGCUAUAAUUGUAGAGCCCGACAAUCCAAAAAAGGUUAUUGUUAAAAAGUUGGCGUUGGUCGUUGCUGGACGAGAAGAUGUUGAGUUGGAUUUAACAGGAGAUAUAUCACAAUUGAAGAAAAAGGUAUUUACGUUAAAGGAGGGUAUCCAAUAUAGGAUAAGAAUCGAUUUUAUAGUCCAAAGAGAAAUUGUCCAUGGAUUAAAGUACGUUCAAAAGACAUCAAGACUAGGUGUAACCGUGGAUUCUAUGAAACAUAUGGUAGGUUCUUAUCCACCAAAAAAAGAAAUUCAAAGUUAUUUGAGUCCUGUAGAAGAAACUCCUUCUGGAAUGAUGGCUCGUGGAUCUUAUUCUGUAUCGUCCUUAUUUACGGAUGAUGAUAAGAAUGAACACUUGAAAUGGGAAUGGUCGUUGGAUAUUAAAAAGGACUGGUAAAUUGAAAAGCAUCAGCAUUGCUCAAAACAAAUAAACAAGUAAGGAAAAUGACUACACCUUACAACCACAAAAAUAUACAUUAUUCGUUGUUCCAGAAAUUGAACAUUUUACCCAACGUAAAAAUUGCUUCCCAGUAUACUGUAGAAAAGAUAAGUGUCAAUUUUGUAAGAUAAGCAAUACAUUCAAGCAUUUAUCGACUGAUGGAAUUGUGUUUCCUUUGUGUCAAAAAAAUAUAUGAUAUAUGUAAGCAUCGCCAUUUUUGUACUUUUUGCCAUUUCAAUAUUAUAAAUUGCUUAAAAAACUCUUAAUAUAAUUAUUUUCAUUGUAAAAAACAAAUUAAUUCAUUCAAUCAAUGAAAAUUGUAUUAUGUUUUUUUUUUCAUUUUUAGUAAAAAAUUAGUAUUUUGCAACGCGCUUUUGAAAUUAAAUGUAUUUACUUGUUUGUUUAACAUCAGUAAAAUAUUUGUAAAACUAAGUUUUCGGAAGGAACAAAAAUUUUGCGAAUUAAAAUGUUUAAUCAAAACAAAUAUGUAUAAUUAAAUAUUAAAAAAAAAAUGUUACAUUAUACGCCCAAGAGACCAAUACAUGUUGCCUCAAAGUUUCUUUAAUAAAUA